AUGGAGGAGUUGGAUUCGAUCAAAAUGAUAGUUUUACUCACCGCUCACCGAGCUCCAUUAACUAAAUCGGAUCUUAUUCGAAAUGACACAAAAGCGAUCAAAUUGUGCAUUCUCUACGAAUUUCUACAAGGAACCCCAACUCUGAAAGCAUUCGGAAAUUUCUGUGAAGCAAUUGGAAAUGAUGUGAUAGAAUAUCGGGAAUUCGAUUAUUGGUACCAUCAAAUUGGAGUCGAAUGUGAAGAUUUGAAUGAGGAUAUUUGUUGGAAUCCGAAGAGUAAGACACUUACCGAUAUGCCGCUUAAUAUUGUUGAUACAGUUUUGGAUAAUGUUAAGCCAAUUGAUAGAUUAGUUCUUCGAAAAGUGUCUCAAAACCUGAGAAGUAUCACAAAAGCCAGAGAACAUGGCUACAAGGAAGUUUCGCUAACCGUUCGUCCGACAUUCGCAUCGAUUCAAAUUGACAGGCCCAGGUGGCCAGAUUGUGACAAGAUUAAAUACAUCAGUCAAGAUGAUGGCAGUUGUAAUGUGGUCUUGGGCGGAAAAUCGUCUAAAAUCGAAGGAAUCAGCUAUGUGAAAGCGGCGGUGAACGAUUUGGCUCAGCUGAUGGACAAUCCGAAAAGUCAAUUUGAAGUAAUGAGAUUGGCUGUCUCAUUGAACGGUCACCCACUCGAAUUCGAAGAAAUUCAUGACGAUGAUCCCUUACUUGAAAUUAAGAAUCGCCUCCGUCGAGAGAUUUCCGUGAAAAUCGCCGAUGCUCUGAACGGUGUGAAAAUCCAAUUUCAAGUGGAAACGCUCAUUAUUCGUGAAACGAUCAUGCCGGCAAUUGUAUCGAUGGUUUCCCGCUUUAAACCGGGAAAAGUUGAACGAAUCCACAUUUCUAGAUACAAAAUUGAGGAGAAUCGGGAACCAGUCGACGAACUUGUCAAUCUGGAAUCAUGGAAGAAGGCGAUAGAUAUCGAAACGAAUACGGUGUCAGAGAUUCACCUUCAGAUCGAUCAUGUGAUGCAUUCGAAGCGCUUCGAAAUUGCUAAGGAAACUUUUUCAGAGAAAGAAGCUAUCCAAAUUCGAGAUAUUCUCACAAAAUCGACGCUCUUCGAAGAAGGUCUCAUCAAACUUCCGGAUUAUGAUUACGAAGCUAUCGGAAAAGUCUUCGACCCGGCAUACGUGCAUACCGGGCCCAAUGCCAUUCUCUACAGCAGCAACGACGUUCAAUUUGUCAUCGUGUGUGAUGAGGAUCGGUUCAGUACGACUUGA